UGGAGGCGGGAAGAGGCGGCGGGAGAAUGGAGACGCAGGAGAGUGGCGGUGGCAGUGGCGAGUGCGGGGCCCAGGACCCUGACCCGGCCCCCAGCAAGGCCCCCGGCAGUGCCGGCCAGUACGAGCUGCCGUGGGUUGAAAAAUAUAGACCAGUAAAGCUGAAUGAAAUUGUCGGGAAUGAAGACACAGUGAGCAGGCUGGAGGUCUUUUCAAGAGAAGGGAAUGUGCCCAAUAUCAUCAUUGCUGGCCCCCCAGGAACCGGCAAAACUACCAGCAUCCUGUGUUUGGCACGAGCCCUGCUGGGCCCGGCCUUCAAGGAUGCCGUUUUGGAGCUCAAUGCCUCAAAUGACAGGGGCAUUGACGUUGUGAGGAACAAAAUCAAAAUGUUUGCCCAACAGAAAGUCACCCUUCCCAAAGGGCGACACAAGAUCAUCAUCCUGGAUGAAGCAGACAGCAUGACUGAUGGAGCCCAGCAAGCCUUGAGGAGAACGAUGGAAAUCUACUCCAAAACGACCCGCUUCGCUCUUGCUUGUAACGCUUCGGAUAAAAUCAUAGAGCCCAUUCAGUCCCGGUGCGCGGUCCUCCGCUACACCAAGCUGACCGACGCCCAGAUUCUUGCCAGGCUGCUUUGCGUCAUCGAGCAGGAGAAGGUGCCGCACACGGACGACGGCCUGGAAGCCAUCCUCUUCACCGCCCAGGGCGACAUGAGGCAGGCAUUGAACAACUUGCAGUCCACUUUCGCGGGAUUCGGCUUCAUCAACAGUGAGAACGUGUUCAAGGUCUGUGACGAGCCCCACCCCUUGCUGGUGAAGGAGAUGAUCCAGCACUGUGUGAGCGCCAGUAUCGAUGAGGCCUACAAGAUCCUCGCUCACCUGUGGCAUCUUGGCUAUUCCCCAGAAGACAUCAUUGGCAACAUUUUUCGAGUGUGUAAAACCUUCCAAAUGGCAGAAUACUUGAAACUGGAGUUUAUUAAGGAAAUUGGAUACACUCAUAUGAAAAUAGCGGAAGGUGUGAACUCCCUUCUGCAGAUGGCAGGGCUCCUGGCCAGGCUGUGUCAGAAGACAAUGGCCCCGGUGGCCAGUUAGAGCAGAGAACUCAUUCGCUGGGUUAUGAGUCCUCGUCACUGAGAGGCAGGAGUCAUAGCCUUCUGAUUUGGAAAAAGUGCUGCCUUGGAUGGCCCUGGAGUGCAUCUCCCUUGCCGUCACCUUCCAGUACGUCUCCCCUGCUCCUGGAGCGUUUACCCUCAGCCUCAGACUCGUGGUGGGGUGACAGCAUAGCAAGGCCCCAGAGACCCUCCGGGGCCCAGUGCCUGAUCUGUGCACGUGUUGGCAUUUUAGUAAUAAAACUGUACAGCUUUGUCAGCAGAAAGGUGGCAGUGCAAGGCCACAAGGAAA